UAAACCAGGCAAACCAACCGCAGCUGCUGGAUCCCCUCUGAAUUCAGGAGGAAAGGUGUUCCAGGCUGUGAUAAUUCACCCAGGGAGCCUUGGCACAUUUGUUUUUUUCUGCAUAAACUUGGAAAACAUAGAAGGGAUGCCAACAUAUUCCGAGUGUUGAUUCCUGCAUUGUUUUGAAGGCAGUUCUGGGGGGAUGGAUGCGAGCAGAGGCGCACCGAGGCAGCGCUGACACAGACCCGGCUCAGCUGUGGAAAACCCAGGAGGACAAACCGACGACUGCUUUUAAAACAUUAACAGGCCACAGAUCAGCGGCUGCUCCUUAUUCUGCACGUGUUCGGAUUUCAUAUGAGGAUCUGGAAGAAAAAGCACGUUUCCAAUCUACUCUCUUGCUUUGCAAUGAGAGAGAAAACAGCAGCGCUUUGAUUUCUUAAUUCCCUUCUCUCCAUCUCGCCCUGGUUUGUUUCCUGCUCUUCCAGCUGUGAUUAUCUCCUGCUUUCAUGUUCUGGCUUUGCUGUUGUCGAUCACUGUGGGAUCAACUCGUUUAGAUUUCAAAAGUGUGCAAAAGAGAGGACAGCGCUGGCACCCAUCCAUGCGCGCUGCGCGCCGUGUUUUUAUGAUUAAUAUGCAACUGUGACUUUAAACGGAGGCAGAAAAUAUCGCAUGCUUCUUACAUCUGCUCGCUGCACACUGGAAGGAAUCAUUUCUUUGAUGCAAAUUUCUGCAAACGCUCUGAUUUUGAACCUUUUUUUUAACCGGCUGUCAGUGACGCAACCUCUCACAUAGACUGCACGAGAAAUCCACGCGUGGAAGGGCGUGAACUUGGCAACAUCCUCCUCAUAAAUAAAGCAUCUUCUUAUUCAUAAUCCCAACUCGCGCAGUUUGCAGCCAUCUAAAGUCAUCCUGCUGGGAAGAUGGAUCUGAAAGCGGACUCGGAGGACAUGGACUACAAGCAGCCGGCUCCCAUUGAAGUUUUUGCCACCAGGUCCACGCUGCACGGCAUCUCGCACAUGUUCACUUAUGAACGAAAGUACGUGAAGCGCAGCCUGUGGAUCGUGUUCUUCAUGGCCUCUUUGGGGGUGUUGGUGAUGGUCUGCGUGGACAGGGUGCAGUUUUACUUCGCUUAUCCCCACGUCACCAAGCUGGACGAGGUGGCCGCGUCCAUGAUCGUGUUCCCUGCGGUCACCUUCUGCAACCUCAACUCCUUCCGCUUCAGCCAGGUGACUCCUAACGACCUGUACCACGCGGGGGACUUCCUCGCCCUGCUCAAUGGAAGGUGUGUGUACGGGCUGACAUAG